GAAAACCUUCUUUCAGGUCCGAUCCCGUCAGAUUUAGGCAACCUUUCGAAUCUUGAAGCAUUGAUGUUGUCAGGCAACAAUCUUUCUGGCGUAAUCCCAUCCUCUUUGCAAAAUCUCCAGAGUUUGCUCUAUUUAUAUCUUGCCGGAAAUAACUUAGAAGGGACGAUUCCAUCGUACCUAGUUAAGCAUCGGAGCUUGAUAGAACUAGAUCUUUCUAGUAACAAUCUUAGUGGUCCUAUAUUAUUCCCUGUGGCUGGGAGCCUCCUCUAUUUGAAUUUGUCUCGAAACCAUCUGAACGGAGUCCUUCCGAUGGAAAUUGGGAACUUGAAACAUUUGGACAAAUUGGAUGUCUCGGGAAAUAUUCUGGACGGUGAAAUCCCGAGUAGUCUGGGCAAUUGUGAUGGACUCACAAUACUAAGAAUGCAAGAUAACCUAUUCCAUGGGCCCUUGCCUCAAUCAAUUAGCUCAUUAAGAAGCAUUGAGGAAUUAGAUCUUUCCAACAAUAGUUUCUAUGGUGAAAUUCCAAAGUUCUUAGAGGCAUUUCAGUAUUUGGACAUGCUAAACUUAUCUUAUAAUCAUUUGGAAGGCCCGCUACCAACUGGAGGAGUUUUUAGGAAUGUGAGUGUGACUUUUGUCGCUGGAAAUGAAAAGCUCUGCGGAGGAAUGCCUGAAUUUCAGCUUCCCGAGUGCGUCUCUCAAAACUCCAAAAGCAGAGCAGGAGUCCACAAGUUGAAACUUACCAUUGCCGUUGUUUUUGGUCUUCUUGGGAUAACUCUCGUUGUCACUUUCCUGUGUCUAUGUUGGUUGAAGCAGAAAAGAAACGAGCCGCAUUCAAGCUUGUUUGAUGAUUCAUUGUUAAAUCUUUCUUAUGGGACACUUCUAAAAGCAACCGAUGGUUUUUCUGCGACUAAUCUGAUUGGGGCUGGAAGUUUUGGGUCCGUUUACAAGGGGCUGCUCCAGGAGAAUGGAACUGUCAUUGCGGUGAAGGUGCUUAAUUUAACGCAGCAUGGCGCUCUCAAGAGCUUCAAAGCCGAGUGCGAGGCUUUGAAGCAUGUAAGACACCGAAAUCUUCCGAAAGUUUUGACGGCGUGCUCGGGCAUUGAUUAUAAGGGUGAUGAGUUCAAGGCUUUAGUUUACGAGUUCAUGGUCAAUGGUAGCCUAGAAGAGUGGUUGCACCCUAACCCAGCUCCAAAUGAUGCAGAUGGGCAUUCGAAGAAAUUGAGUCUCGUCCAAAGGAUAGACAUUUCCAUUGAUGUUGCUUCCGCAUUGGAUUAUCUCCAUAAUCAAUGCGAGAGCCCAAUAAUGCAUUGUGAUCUAAAGCCAAGCAAUGUCCUUGUAGAUGCUGACAUGGUUGGACAUGUUGGUGACUUUGGGUUGGCGAAGAUCGUCCUCGAAUCCACAUCCGACACUAAAGCAAACAUGAGUUCUACUGGUUUAAGAGGAACAGUUGGUUAUGCAGCUCCAGAAUAUGCUAAUGGAAGCCAGAUCUCGAGAGAAGGUGAUGUUUAUAGUUACGGCGUCCUCUUGUUAGAGAUGUUCACAGGAUUGAGUCCCACUAGCGACAUGUUCAGAGAUAAUUUGAAUCUUCAUAAUUAUGUUUCUGAGGCUGUACCUCAACGAGUUGUGGAGAUUACCGAUCCCGUGCUGCUUUACGAAGGAGAGAGCCACAAUAGUUCCCAAACUUCGCUUCAGGAAAGAAACCUCAUAGUUCAGGAAUGUCUGGAAACAAUAUAUCGAGUUGGACUCGCUUGCUCUGUGGAGGAACCUAGAGAACGCAUGAGCAUUGACAAAGUUGCCACCCACCUGCACUCGAUCAGGAGGAAACUUGUUGCAUCUUCUUUACUUGGAUAGACGAGACACGAAUAGGUGACAUCGUAAGUGGCAAGUU